AUGGAGAUCCCUAUCAUGUUCGAAGAGAGCGAUGCAGUGGAAGGACAUCAUGACGGCCUGGUAAUUUCGCUCUCAGUUGGAAACUGUAUGAUCAAGCGAAUCCUUGUUGACUAUGGAAGCUCUACAAACAUCAUCAUGCUUGAUACCUUGAAGCACAUGAACAUCGAUGAAAAGAACAUCAUCAACAAGUCAACAAUGCUAGUAGGAUUCAGUGGGGAAACCAAGAAGACAAGUGGGGAGAUCACAUUAGCCACCUAUGCAAAAGGGGUCAAUUUACAAGUCAAGUUCCUAGUAAUCGACACCUUAUCAUCGUACAAUAUGAUUCUAGGCAGACCAUGGAUACAUGAGAUGAGAGCCAUCCCCUCCACAUAUCAUCAAGUCAUUAAAUUUCCUACCAGAUGGGGCAUUCAAGAAAUCAAAGGGGACCCUAAGGAAGCUAAAGAAUGUUACAAGGUUGCCCUGAAAGCAACAUCUGCAGAGAAGGGUUCAGCAUAG